UUUCCUCUGUCCGGAUCUCGUAUUCAAGACUAUAUUACACAUAUCAGCACUUACAUAGCCAAUCUAUUCUUUCCCUACCUACACUUACCUAUACCUAUCUCUAUCACCCUGGGUAAACCCCAUAGAGUAUAAACCAGUCAACCAAGUCACACAAAUAUGGCCCCCUCCGCGAUCUCGGAAUCUCCCCCUAGGUACUCCCCGCAUGCAGACGAGUACGCCGUCCAGGCUGGCGUGCCCAACUUCCAGGGCUAUGAUCACAUCACCUGGUGGGUAGGCAACGCAAAGCAGGCCGCGUCGUACUACACAACGCUCUUCGGUUUUGAGACGGUUGCAUACCAAGGACUAGAGACUGGUAGCCGGUACUUCACAUCGCACGUCGUAGCCUGCGGGGACAUCCGAUUCGUGUUCACAUCGCCUAUCCGCUCGUAUGCUUAUUUACCUAAAGACGAACCUAUCACAGAAGGUGAGCGGAAGCGGCUCGAGGAGAUGCACGACCACCUCGAGAGACACGGUGAUGCGGUUCGAGACGUCGCCUUCGAAGUCGAUAGUGUAGAGGGCGUAUAUAACCACGCCGUAGAACAAGGCGCCGUCUCCGUCCAGCCUCCCAUGCUCUACCGCGACAAGCAGAACGGUGACGUGCUAACGGCUGUAAUUCGGACCUAUGGCGACACAACACACACCCUCAUCUCGCGGCGGAACUACAAGGGCCCUUUCCUUCCUGGUUUCCAAGUGCGCUCGUCACCACCCUCCAGCACAAUCCUCCCGCGCGUCGACCUCGCCCGCAUCGAUCACUGCGUCGGCAACCAGUCGUGGGACGACAUGGUGGCCGCCUGCGAGUUUUACGAGCGGUGCCUGUCGUUCCACCGGUUCUGGUCCGUCGACGACAGCCAGAUAUGCACCGAAUUUAGCGCGCUGCGCAGCAUCGUCAUGAGCAGCGCCAACGACGUGGUAAAAAUGCCCAUCAACGAGCCCGCGCCCGGCAAGAAGAAGUCCCAGAUCGAGGAGUUCGUCGUGUUUAACUCCGGGCCCGGAGUCCAGCACAUCGCGCUGCUGACCCACGACAUCGUGGCUGCGGUUACGGCUAUGCGUGCUAGGGGAGUCGAAUUCAUCGCCGUCCCGGAUACGUAUUACGAGACUAUGAAGGAACGCAUGCGUACGGAGAAGAGGAGCUGGGAGCUCGAGGAGGACUUCGAGACGUUGCAGAAGCUCAGCAUCCUGAUCGAUUACGACGAGGGCGGGUACCUAUUACAACUAUUCACCAAGCCGCUUAUGGACCGACCAACGGUGUUUGUGGAGAUCAUCCAGCGGCACGAUUUCAGCGGGUUUGGCGCCGGGAAUUUCAAGAGCUUGUUUGAGGCUAUCGAGCGAGAACAGGCUCAAAGGGGAAACUUGUAAGUUGGAGGAUACGGGAGAAAGAAGAAGAUGAUGCCCCUACUAUGCUUGCCGGACGGCAAGUGAGGACGGGUAGGGCAUAUGGAUGAUAUGCCUAAUACCUAACGAGACCAUGGCAUGAUAACAUAGCGAGAUUGAUUUAUAGACUAACUGCACGUCGUAUCAACGAUGGAUGAAAGAUAUGAUAGGAUGGGAUGGGAUGGCUUGUGGAGAGCCGUGCUAUAACUCUGUAUAUGUAGCCGCUAU